CAGUUACGGCGUGGUCCAUAGUGUGUUGGGGCGUCUCGGGCCAGCAGCGACAGACAACGGCACCUUAGACAACACCGCCGCCAUGCCGUCUACAAUGUCUGGGCGCAUCGCCAAGACCCAGAGGGGCUCCAAGAACACACCGCACCAAAAGAACCACCGGUGGGAGUCGUUCAGCGCCAAAAUCUCGAAGCUCAAGUCGCUCGAUCCGCUGCGCAAAGUACGCCGCCACGACCUCGACGCCGAAGACCUCGACCCGACCACCUCGUACCUGCGCAAGGGCCUGGACAAAUGGGCCGAACUCAACCUCUCGCGGCCGUACAUGGCCUUCAGGCAGGAGGUCAACCCCCUGACCGAAUCGCUGGCCCAGAUCCUCUACCAUGAGGACCGCAUCAUGGACUUGCUGGCCGAGUACAUCUCGCGACAUGAGAAGGAGGCCCUCGAACCGCUACUCGACCUGGUGGCAGCCUUCGCCCGCGAUCUCGGUCUGCGCUUCGAAAGGCACUACCCGCGUGCCCUCGCCCUCAUCGUCACGCUCGCCAGCAAGAUCCACGAUGUCGAGGUCAUCGAGUGGACCUUUGGCGCCCUGGCCUUCCUCUUCAAAUACCUUUCGCGACUGCUUGUCCCGGAUCUCAGGCCAACGUACGACGCGAUAGCCCCGCUCUUGGGCAAGGAGAAGAAUCCUGGACACAUUGCUCGCUUUGCCGGCGAGGCCAUGAGCUUCCUGGUGAAGAAGGCGGCCGCCCCCAGCCACAAGGACAAGGCGCUGCCGCUCUUCAUCGAGCACGUGAGGAAGGACCUGCAGAGCAUGGUCGGGCUGAAGCAGUUCGAGCUGUAUAGCCAGGGCAUCAUGACCAUGUUUGCUGAGGCCAUUAAAGGGGUUGGGAACGGCGUGCACUCCACUGGCCAUGAGAUCAUCGCCGCCCUUUUGCACCAGGUGCCCGAUGAGGAACUGCGCCUGCCAGGGUCGGAGAUCUGGACCGAUGUCUGUUGCGGCGUGCUUACCAGCGUCAUCCACCACGCAAACGUGGACACGUUCAAGACCAUUGAGACCAGGGUAGUUGACGACGCGAUGGCGGGGCAACAAUCGAUCUUGUUCAUUCGCAUCUUGGGGGUCAUUGCCGGUGUGCGAAAAGGCACCCGCAUCCACGAUUGGGCUGCUCUCGUUAAGGUGCUCGGCCAGUUGCUGGGGUCUCUCGUCGCCCAAAAAGAACAGAUUGAGGCCAUGGAUGCCUCCCGAGUGUGGCACGACAUUAUCGCCAACGCUGCCAUUGUGUGGAGCCAGGCCCCCAUGGACGCCCUCAUUCCCGCUCUAUCCACCUUCAACAGCACCAUGACUAAGGAGCCGCUGAUGAGGUGGUACAUUCUUUUUUGCUCCUACUUGGCCGACGUGAACCCAGAGAGAUUCCGCGGGCUCUUCCUCAAGGAAUUCCAAAAGUUCAUUGUCGCACACUGGUCUCAGAACGGGAACGAAGACCUACUCUUCGUGCUUCUGCCGCGCAUGGUGGAAACCGGCGGACUGCCCACACCUGGCGCGAAGGAGACCUUCCAACUCCCACAGUCCUGGCAGGAUCAGAUUGUCAGCAAAUUUGUCAGACUUGAGGACACACCUUUCCCAGAAAGCGGCGGGUUUGGAAAGGAUCCUGAUACCUGGAGAGACAAAUGCUUGCCGAGGUACGCGGCGCGCUUACGAGUUCUGAAAUCAGCGUCGGUGCAUCCGUCUACGAACGCUAGGAUCGCUGAGGUCUUGCUCAAGAAGCUGAAGCUGGCGCUCCGACCCUCCUCGUCCCUGCCGACGGACGAGGCGAAUUUCAUCGUCAACGAUGGGUUUCGCGCCUAUCUUCGGAUGUGCGCCCCUGCCGGCUCUGUUGAUCUAAGCUUGGCUCCGCUGCUGAGAGCUGCGGCGCCGCGCUUCUGCCGAUCACCGGCGUUCCUUGAAGCGUUGCUUGACUACGAGCGAGAAGUCAUGGGCAAGACUCAGAGGUCGCCCGAGACAAGCAAUGGCCAAAGUCAGCAGGACGAGGAAGACCCUCUUGUCAAGUGCCUGACCAACAAUCUCUCCACCGCAUCCCACGAUCUCCGACUUGCUUCUCUGAGAAUUCUUGAAAUUCUCGAUAUCACUCCCGAUUCGAACUCGGCCCUGGCGACCAUGAUCCAAAUCGAAGAGCUACCCCUGAACUUGCAGAGCGUCCGGACCAUUGCCGUCCAUCUCCGCAAACUGGGCCAGGCUUACUCCCACAUUGAGCCGGACUCCUGGCUGAUCAAAGCUGUUCCGGCGUUCUUGUUCGGCAUGACGACAGUGCCUCUGUCUCCCGUUUGGGACGACGCCGUCGAAGCGAUGAAGAAAGUUGCGGAAAGCAAACCGGGAGAGGAGGCGUUGGCCGAUAUCGCCUUCAACUGGUUGGAAGUACCCUCGCCGCAAUGGUCAGGGCCAUACAAGCCGCCCGCUGACGACAAUCGCGGUCCUUUGACCGACUUUGAAUGUCUCAAUCUAAUGAACCUGCGUGAAGCUGCCGGGUUCACGGGGAGCGUUUUGGAUGACCCCUCCCAAGGCAUGCUUACCGCCUUCGAGGAGGGCCAGAAGAUCAUCGAGUCUUGCACGGAAAGGGCACGCAGCAAGGCUCUUAAGGCAUUCACUGCUUUGCCUGGUUUAGCUGAGAAGCGAUCCAGGAGACUGGUUCCUCAUUUGCUUUCUUUCGCCGCUGAGGACGAGGCCCCAAUGGACAAAACUGGCGACGACGAAGCUGAGGAGUUGUCGGAGGGGAGCUGGUCUCUCCCUGAUAGGAAAGCUCUAGUCGGCGUGUUUUCUCAGUUCAACAACCCGAGGGUCCUGUACCAGAGUCAGAAGGUGUACAAAUCCUUGCUGAAGCUCCUGGCAAACGGCGACCUCGAGCUGCAGAAACUGGCGUUGAAGGCCAUUCUCACCUGGAAGAGCGACGCCGUCAAGCCAUACCAGGAGCACCUCGAGUACCUUCUCGACGAGGCCAGAUUCAGAAAUGAGCUUACUGUGCUCUUCCAGGGAGACAACCAAAUCCAGCCUGACCAUCGCUCCGAGGUCAUGCCAGUGCUCCUUCACCUCCUGUAUGGCCGCACAAUUUCGAAGAAGGGCGUGGCAAGCGGCCGUCACGGCCUCCAUGCAACACGUUUAGCUGUCAUCCGGCAACUCAGUGUCGAGGAUAUGGGAAGUUUCCUGGACAUUGCUCUCGGCGGACUUCGAACAACUCGCGUCGUCGGCGACAAGGGAUUCCAGGAGAGCGAGUUUGCCCACGAGGCUCUCCCUGUCCGCAAGCAAGUCGGUUUACUGAACAUGAUCGAAGCCAUCAUCAACGAGCUCGGUACGAGUGUCUCGUUUUACAUGGAGGCUCUGGUCAAUGCUGUCCUCUACUGUCUCAUCUACGCCUGCCGGCAACUUGGCGGGAGCUCCGAGGAACAGGACGCUGAGGAACCGGAUCAGGUCCAAAAUGCUUCCUUGUACAAGGUUGUGCGGACCACUGCGUUGAAGUCUCUCUGCAAGCUGUUUCAGAAUGCUCAAGACUUCGACUGGACACCAUACCAGGACGCGAUCGUCAGAGAAGUCAUCGCUCCUCGGAUUGAGAAACUCCCGGCUGAGACCACGCAGGGCGUGUCUGCGACCUGGAGGCUACUUGGCACUUGGUCUAGCCUGCCUAAGUCCGCUUUGUUCCUCUCUGUCGACAAGAGAGUGCUGCCAAAGAUCGUUGAGAUCCUUGGGAUUGAGAAGGCCAGGGAUGAAGUCAAGGUUUUUGCGCUGGACACACUCAAGAACCUCAUUGACCUGGCCCAGGCUCCGGCCACUGAGUCGGAGUUCAAUGAGCUGAUCAAGUCUGAGCUUCUUGAUCCGAACAUUGACCUGAUCCUCAAGAAAAUCGGCAGCCUGCUUCGCGACCAACCCGAUAUUGGCCGGGAUUUGCUUGGCACCGCCGUGGACACGGUUGUGGCUCUGGCCCCAGUCGUGGAGAAGUCAGCCGGUGUUCAGGACAUGGUUGAGAUUGCCACAUUCCUUCUCAACCAGCCCCUGCGGAAGGUCAAUCCGAAGAUCAAGGGUUCAAUUCUGCUGAUCCUGAAGCAGUUCAUUGUCCUGGAAGACCUCCAGAGUAAUGCGGAGUUGAAGAACAAGGUCUACGGCACCAUCGCCUCGUUGUUCAGCUUCUUCAAGGACAGACAGAACCGGCAGACUCUGGCCGAGGUUCUGUCCGUGUUUGCGUCGCAGGAACCAUGGGCACAAGAGGUGGCCGACAUCUGCCGCGAUCUCAACUCCUAUGUCGAGCAGCGGUUGGACGAGCCGGACUACAACACUCGGCUUUCUGCCUUUAGCUCCAUUACCCGCGACCGUGAGGUACCGUUCACGAUUGACCAGUGGAUGCCGGUGGUUCACAACCUCCUCUACUACAUUCAGCAAGAUGAGGAGUUUGGCGUCCUUUCGUCCAACUCGGCCGACGGCCUAUGCAAGUUCAUCUCGGCCGUCAAAUCUGCGUGGGCCGGACCCGAUCAAGCUGCCUUCGUCGAUGUCCUGUCUGGCGUCAUCCUGCCGGCGAUUUAUUCAGGGGCCAGAGAUCCUUCCGAGACUGUCCGCCGUGAGAUCCUGCGCCUGUUCGGCUUCCUCGUCGCUCAUCUUCCUCAGUGGGAGCCGGUUGCCGAUCUGACUCCCUUGGUUCCCGAGUCUGACGAGUCAGACAACGCUUUCUUCUUCCACCUGCUCAGCCCAGCCGUGUCGAGGCAAUUGCAGGCUCUUCGCCUUCUGGAGGCGGCGAACGAAAAGAGCGAGCUGCGCAGCAAACACAUCAGCCAAUUCUUCAUUCCGCUCUUCGAACACUUCAUUUUUGACCGCCCUGAAAGCGGCGAUGACCACGGUCUGAGCGCACAGGCAACAAACACGAUCGCCGCUCUCACCGCGUCGCUCGAGUGGCAGCAGUACCGAGCCAUUCUUCGGCGGUUUGUCUCGUAUGUCGAGUCAAAGCCGGACUGGCAAAAACGGGUCAUUCGUCUCCUGGAGAAGGAGGUGGACGCCUUGCGCACGGCGGUCUCUCAUAAGUCUGGCGAUGCCAUGGAUGUGGACGGUGAGACGACAGGCGCGAGGCCUCAUCGUCUCGCCGCCACGCUGCCCGACCAGGACAAGCUCGGUGUCGAGAUCGUCAACAACUUUUUACCAACGUUGCUCAAGUACAUCCACGAGAAAGAUGAGACGACUGUUAGUGCCAGGGUUCCCGUAGGAGUCAUCAUUGCCAAACUCCUUACCCUGCUUCCAGAGGCGCUACUGAACGAGAAACUUCCCGGAGUCCUCACGGACAUCUGCCACAUCCUCCGAAGCAAGUCUUGGGAGUCUCGCGAGAUGGCCAGAGACACGCUCGCCAAAAUCUCGGCAAUCCUCGGCCCUGAUAAGUUCGAGUUCAUCCUCAAGGAGCUUCGUGGCGCGCUUGUCAAGGGCUACCAACUCCACGUGCUCUCUUACACGUUGCAUUCCAUUCUGCUGGCCGCCAUUCCAGCUUUCGAGCAAGGCGAUCUCGACUAUUGUCUCGCCUCCAUUGUGGCCGUCAUCAUGGAUGACAUCUUUGGAGUCACGGGCCAGGAGAAGGAUGCAGCGGAAUACGUGAGCCAAAUGAAGGAGGUGAAGAGUAGCAAGAGCCAGGACUCGAUGGAGUUGCUCGCCAAGACGGCAUCCAUCACUCGCCUGGGCGAGCUCACCAUGCCGCUGCAGUCCCUGCUCCUGGAGAAGCUUGACCUGCGCACGGCUCGGAAGAUCGACGAACUGCUCGUCCGUAUUACCAAAGGCCUUCUGGAGAACCCGGCUGCCGCCUCGCAGGAUGUCUUGGUCUUCUGCUACGAGGUGAUCCAGGAGGUAUACAAGAGCGAGAAACCGGAAGAAGCCGAACCGAAGAUCGAUCCUCGCCUCAGGAGAUACCUUGUCCAGAAGGCGGCAAGGAAGAGCGAUGGCGGUGUGACCAGCAAGCACACGUACAAACUCGUGCGCUUCGCCAUCGAUAUUCUGCGUGCUGUCCUGAAAAAGCACGACAACCUCCGCACCCCUGGCAACGUGGCGGGAUUCCUUCCGGUUCUGGGUGAUGCUGUGUUGUCAGUAGAGGAGGAAGUCAAAAUUGCAGCGUUCAAGGCCCUUACGGUGUUGGCCAAGGUCCCAUUCAAAAACGGCGACUCGAGCAAUUUGUACAAGGUCGCCCACAAGGAGGCCAUCAAGGCGAUCUCCCUGUCUCCUACGACGACAUCGGACCUCGCGCAGUCGUCGCUGAAGCUCAUCUCCGUUAUCCUUCGAGACCGCCGCGAAAUCGUCAUGAAGGACGCUGCAUUGGACAUGCUUCUCGGCAAGUUAAAGGACGACCUCACGGAGCCGCUCUAUCGCCAUGUCACCUUCAACUUCCUGCGGUGCGUCUUGGAUCGCAAGCUCGAGACGGCGUCCGUCUACGACACGCUCGAUCACGUCGGCACCGUCAUGAUCACCAACGACGACAAAGACACGCGCGACCUGGCGCGCGGCGCCUUCUUCCAGUUCCUGCGCGAAUACCCGCAGAAGCGGAACCGGUGGGAGAAGCAGCUCAAGUUCAUCGUGGCUAACCUCAAGUAUGAGCGCGAGGGCGGCCGGUUGUCGGUCAUGGAAGUCAUCAACCUGCUGCUGAAGAAGUCGGCGGACGAGUUUGCGCAGGAGGUGGCGGCGACAUGCUUCAUCCCCCUCGUGUUCGUCUUGGCCAACGAUGACAGCGAGAAGUGCCGGCUCGCGGCUGGUGAGCUGAUCAAGGAGAUCUUCCGCGUCGCGGACAGGGAACGGCGGGCGAAGUUCAUGACGCUGUUGCGGUCGUGGCUGGAGCAGAACGGGAACGCUGCAGUGCUGAAGCUCGCGCUGCAUGCGUUUGGGCUGUACUUUGAGGGGCGCGAACCGAGUCCGCAGGAUAACAAAGACCUUGGGCUUGUCAUUGACAAGCUGAACACGGUGCUCGGUGACGAGCAGGCUCUCGAGUCGGACUGGGAGCUCGCCAACACUGCGCUUACCACGCUCCAGACGCUGGUUCAAAAACACCCGCAAAAGGUUCUGGCACCAAGUUCGAGCGAGCUGUGGUCGGAGGUCCAGGCUUGCCUGGCACACUCGCACGGAACUGUGAAGCUCACCUCGAUCAAGCUCCUCAGCAUGUACCUGGCGGAUUUCGCACGGAAUGCCGGGAAAGGGGCGCAGCUGCCACUUACUGGGUCACACGGACUGGAAUUGGAUGAGGAAGACGUGAAUGACUUGGUCCGGCUAUCGCUCGGCAUCCUCUCGGCCCCUGAAGUCGACGAGGGCCUUGCUCAGGAGGCGGUCCAGAUCAUCAUGUUCCUGGGCGGUUAUCUCGAGUCAGCAAAGGUCGAAGAAGAAGAAGGUGAUGAAGCCGAAGAAGACGAAGACAAUGGCGCGAAGGAAUCCGCGCAGCACGCCGACAUGAAAUACCUCUUCUGGAAGUUGUCAUCCAUCAUCCGCAAGGAACGACAACCCAAGCCCGAAAUGCUGGUCAGCAAGCUCGCGGCAAUGGACCUCCUCGAGGCGUUCUCCCUCAGGACGCCGACCGAAACGCUGCUGGCCUCGGUUAAGACGAUCCUCCGGCCGCUGCGCAACCUCACGGACCCGUCGAUCCGCCAGCCGUUCUCGCUCAACGAGGCGUUCAAGACGCGGUACGAGGCGCUCAAGACGAAGGCGCAGUCCAUCAUGGAGACGCUGCAGCGGCGGCUGGGCAGCGCUGAGUACACCAAGGCGCUGCUGGCGGUGGGCGAGGACAUACGCGAGCGGCGGCAGCAGCGGUCGAGCAAGCGGAAGAUCGAGGCGCUGACGGCGCCGGAGAAGUACGGGCGGGAAAAGCGGAAGAAGUUCGAGAAGAAAAAGGAGAAGCGGAAGGCGAAGGGGCGGGAGCAGCGGGAUCUCCGGCGGAUAUACCACCAGUAGGCAGGCAGGCAGGCAGUUGGGGUGGGUUGGGCUGAGUUGAUUUGCUUCGAGAUAGAUCUUGGGUCCAAAUAGGAAAAUAUUGUUACAUGAGAGAAGUCAUUUCUCUCUCUGGGUAUGCC